AUGAAAUCCUUCGUAGCCAUCCUCGCCUUCGUGGCCUUAGCCGCCGCCGAUGUGUCCCACAUCGUCCGCAACAUCGACACUGACGCCCAAAUCGUUAGCCAAGAUGCUGAUGUCUUCCCAGACCAGUACAAAUACGGUUACGAGACCAGCAACGGCAUCAAGGCCCAAGAGAGUGGAGUACUGAAGAACGCUGGUCUCGAGAACGAAGCUAUUGAAACUCAAGGAUCAAACUCAUACACCGGCCCUGACGGUCAAGUAUACGCUGUAAACUACGUCGCUAACGAGAACGGAUACCAGCCCACUGGUGCCCAUCUCCCAACCCCAGUCCCAGUACCAGACUACAUCUUGAGAGCUCUUGAAUACAUCGCAACCCACGCACCAAAAUCCGUUGCCCAACCUUUGUAA